AGAUCGAGAAAACUCCCUUUCGGUUCAGGAUAAAUUGUGUUCUUUGUAUUCGUCGAGAGAGAAAGCAAUGGCGGCCGAGGAAGACAGCGGAGAGUUUUACCUUCGUUACUACGUGGGUCACAAAGGGAAAUUCGGGCACGAGUUUUUGGAGUUCGAGUUCAGGCCAGAUGGUAAGCUCCGUUAUGCUAACAAUUCCAACUACAAAAACGACACCAUGAUCCGCAAAGAGGUAUUCCUCACCCCCGCCGUUCUUAAGGAGUGCCGCCGCAUCAUCGCCGAGAGCGAGAUAAUGAAGGAAGAUGAUAACAACUGGCCAGAGCCAGACCGCGUUGGGCGGCAGGAGCUCGAGAUUGUGAUGGGGAAUGAGCAUAUCUCCUUCACAACUUCAAAGAUCGGGUCCCUUGUUGAUGUUCAGAGCAGUAAGGACCCUGAAGGUCUUCGCAUAUUUUAUUAUCUUGUUCAGGACUUGAAGUGCUUUGUUUUCUCACUUAUUUCACUCCACUUCAAGAUCAAACCUAUUUGAAGAACGAAUGACAAUAUUUAAAACCCUCUGCCGAGGAGAGGAUGGGUGGGUGUUUCUGCUUUUCGAUUUAAGCUUCUGUUUCUGUUUUACAUUCUUCUCAUCACUAUUCUUAAAACGGAUGAGCUAAGCCUAUUGUAUGGCUGUGUUGUAUGAGUGAUUUUGGAAAGCUUUUAUUAAUGUACUUGUUUGUUUUUUGCGUUCCAAA